AGGUGGCGCUGUCGCUGUGGAAAGAUGCGAUCAGCGGAGGCUUUUCCUUAAUUGCUUAUUUCUGCAAUAGAGGCUAAACAACCCCCGGAAAGCCGGUCUUUGUGGUCUUUUCUGACUAAGCGAGAAGCUCCGUACACCCACCACGGCGUUCAUCCAAGAAAUGUCUGUGUUUUAAGGCGUCAAGGCAGAUUUUAACCGGCGGUUUUGGCUCGAGCGCUCCAGGAUGUCCAAACGACGCUCUUCAGAGAGGGGAGCUGGAGAGACAUCGGGCAGGGCCAGCAAGCUGCACUGUCCUGGGAUAUCUGGCAGUAACGCCAAGAGAGCCGGUCCCUUCGUCCUUGGACCUCGCCUGGGCAAUUCACCGGUGCCGAGCAUAGUUCAGUGUUUGGCCAGAAAAGAUGGCACAGAUGAUUUCUAUCAGCUCAAAAUCCUGACACUGGAGGAGCGAGUAGACUCUGCAGGGGAGACUCAGGAGGAGAGACAGGGCAAGAUGCUGCUGCACACAGAAUAUUCUCUGCUUUCUCUGUUGCACAACCAGGAUGGGGUGGUGCACCAUCAUGGCCUCUUCCAGGAUCGAGCCUAUGAAAUAGUGGAAGACAUGGAGGCCAACAAAGUUCGCAAAAUGAAGAAGCGAAUUUGCCUUGUACUAGACUGCCUGUGUGCGCACGAUUUCAGUGACAAGACGGCAGAUCUGAUUAAUCUCCAGCAUUAUGUCAUAAAGGAGAAACGGCUGAGCGAGCGUGAAGCCAUCAUCAUUUUCUACGAUGUGGUGCGUGUGGUGGAGGCCCUUCAUAAAAAAAACAUUGUGCAUAGAGAUCUCAAGCUGGGAAACAUGGUGCUGAACAAACGGACUCACCGCAUCACCAUCACGAACUUCUGCCUGGGAAAGCAUCUGGUGAGUGAGGAUGACCUGCUGAAAGACCAGCGAGGGAGCCCUGCCUACAUAAGCCCUGAUGUAUUAAGUGGUCGUCCAUACCGUGGGAAGCCCAGCGACAUGUGGGCCCUUGGUGUGGUUCUGUUCACCAUGCUGUAUGGCCAGUUCCCUUUUUAUGACAGCAUACCUCAAGAACUCUUCCGUAAGAUCAAGGCUGCAGAGUACUCCAUCCCAGAAGAUGGUCGUGUGUCAGAGAACACGGUGUGCCUCAUUCGAAAGCUGCUGGUGCUGGACCCACAGCAGAGGCUGACUGCAGGAGAAGUGCUGGAGUCCCUUAGUGCCAUAAUCGCCUCGUGGCAAUCUGUUUCAUCGAUGAGUGGCCCUUUGCAAGUGGUUCCAGAUAUUGAUGAUCAGCUCAACCACCCAGAACAUCUGCAAGAGGCCAAGGUGAUUGAAGAGUCUUCACAGUACGAGUUUGAGAACUACAUGCGCCAGCAGCUGCUGCUAGCCGAAGAGAAAAACAUUGUCCACGAAUCCAAGAGCUUUCUCACAAACCGCCAGUUUGGCAGCAUCCCACCUGUUAGGCGUUUGGGCUACGACGCCCAACCUGUCAGUCCACUAGAUGCUGCUAUCCUCGCUCAACGUUUUCUUCGGAAAUAGCCUUCAGCCACUCACUCCAGCCUCCCCCUGAAGACGCCUGCAGAGACGUGAGAGGACUCGAGACAGAAAAAGCCCCAAAACUGAGCUUGCACACGUGAGACCUCUGCCUGAGCUUGCAGACAGAGAUGCAUACUUGGGUUUCCAGCAAGCUAGGUGAAGCAGAUAGAAGGUGGGCAGGAAAAACACAUUUCUAACUCGGGAGCUUCACUCCCCCAGUCUGGAUCCAGUCUGAAACAUGUGAAGCCCUGGAUGGAACUCUGACCCAAAGGUUUCUUGCCCUCAGGUCACCCACAGUCACUGUGCAACAAGCCCAUUAGCACGGUCACACAUGGCUCUGACACGCCUGUAGUGUUAAAGAAACUAAACCCCACCCUCCUCCUCCUUUGAGAUUUCCCUGUUGUAACACUUCU